AUGAUAUCAUAUGUGUUGCAAAAGGAUACUUCCUCUACAUUAUAUCAGAAUUUGUUACGAGUAAAUUCCAUCAAUCAAUCAAGUACUCAGAAACAUAGUCAGUUGGUAGUAGGUUUGAUUUAUAAUCAAAAUUAUUUUUGUAAUAGCAAUAAUAAUAAUAGACGGUUUCUACAGACUCAAAUAAAUACAUCAACUAAUAUAAAUUUAGGUUCCACCGCUACAAAUGCUAAGAAGAAUACGCAUCAAUGGAAUUUUUUCGCAAACGGUACAACUACAAAUGUAAGAGACGUAAGACCAAUGUCUAUAGAAGAUAUUAGAUUUAGUAACACCAGCAAUAGCAAUUCACCAAUAUUUAAAACUCAAGAAAAAGUUGGUGGAGGAUCUUUAAAAUGGUCGAGUUAUAAAAUGCCAUCAAAGGAUAUCUUAAAAGAUCAUUUGAAAAAUUACAAAUUACAAGAAAUAAGACUUCGAACUACUAAAGAAAAGGAAGUUCAAACUUCAACACCAAUACUCGCCACAUCUGCACCGUUCGAUUCAAGCAACGUAACUAAUGAAUCUGCGUCUACUAUAAAUGUAACUACCAAUGCAAACACAACUACAAGUCCAACAAAGAAAAAAAGGAAUAGAACUUUAAAGCCUCGUAAAGCUUUAAUAUCAUUAAGUCCAAAGGCAAUCUCUCAUCUAAAGACUCUACUGGAUCAACCAACUCCAAAACUCAUAAGAAUAGGAACAAGAAAUAGAGGUUGUUCAGGUUUGACGUAUGAUUUGAAAUAUAUUGAUAAACCUGAUAAAUUCGAUGAAGUCAUUGAACAAAAUGGUAUUAAAAUUGUGAUAGAUUCAAAAGCUUUAUUCAGUGUAGUGGGUAGUGAAAUGGAUUGGAUCGAUGAUAAAUUGCAAUCAAGAUUUGUAUUCAAAAAUCCAAAUUCAAAGGGAACUUGUGGCUGUGGUGAAAGUUUCAUGAUAUAA